AUGUCUACAGAGUACACAUACGAUGAACAGGGCCAAUUCUUCCCGUACUUCAUCAUAACCUUGACCGGUCUCGUCACGCUACCUCUGACAUACAACCUCCUCAAACCCUCCAAAGAACUCGAAAACACCGCUCCUCGGAUACGCUCCGAUUUCAAACCCCAGCAUGAGGACCUCAUCGAAGCUCAGAAGCGGAAACGUCUCCGCAAGGAGCGCCGCAUCAAGCGCAUAGUCACCGUGAUUCUGGGUUACGCCGUUAUCGCAUACAUGGUAUACUUGAUUAUUGUCACCGCACGGUUAACACCAAAAAUCUGGGACCCUUAUGAGAUUCUAGGCGUGUCAAGGAGCGCCAACGAAAAAGCCAUUUCCAAGCACUACAAACGUCUUUCCCUCAUCUACCACCCCGACAAAAUCCGCCCCGACCCCGCAAAGAACGAGACUAUCGAGACGCUCAAUGACCGCUUCGUGGAACUGACCAAAGCCUACAAAGCCCUGACUGACGAGGAAGUCCGCAACAACUACCUCCAGUACGGCCAUCCCGAUGGCAAGCAGAGCUUCAGCAUCGGCAUUGCUCUUCCCCAAUUCAUCGUGACGGAAGGAAAUGGAAAAUACGUGUUGCUGGUUUAUGGAGCCCUGCUUGGCGUGCUGCUACCAUACAUUGUCGGAAAGUGGUGGUACGGCUCUCAACGUUAUACCAAGGAGAAGGUCUAUGUCGCUACCGCGGGCAACAUCUUCCGCGAGUACAAGGAGGAUAUCACUGAUGGUGGGAUCGUCAAUGCUAUUUCGUCUGGCGAGGAAUUCAAGGAGGUUAUCCCACCUCAACACGCAGAAUCUGGAUUGGCGAAGCUCGAGAAGAAGGUACUGGCUGACGACGCCAAGUUCCUCUCUGAGCAAGACCGGGAGGCGAUCAAGGGUCUAGAUGACUUGAGCAGGAGAAAGGCACUGGCCCUGUUGUGGGCUUACCUGGGUCGAGUUGAACUGGAAGACUCUACUCUCGAUGGAGAAAAGUACGAAGUUGCACCCAUUGCUCUCUCACUCAACGAAUCGUUCACUGCUAUUGCCCUAGCUUUCGGCAACCUACGCCCUGUUCUAGGGUCAUUCCGCGUCUCCCAAAGUCUCAUCCAAGCUGUCGCGCCUGGUUCAUCUCCUCUUCUUCAACUCCCGCACUUUACCAAUGAAGCUGUUGAAUCCAUCGAAGGUGCAGAUGUCAAACACCAUAUCACCGUUCAAAAGUUCAUGAAGAUGCCCGAGGAUAAACGCCGCGCUCUCACCGUCGGCGCCGGCCUCCUGUCAGAACAGCAGUACUCCGCCGCCAUCUCCGUCGCCAAGCAACUACCCGUUCUCCAGAUCUCCAAGGCCUUCUUUAAGGUCAUGGGCGAAAAGGUUAUCACACCCAGCAGUCUCGUCCAGCUCGUCGUCAAGGCCCGCUUCAUCCCACCUGGCUCCACCAACGUCCCCGAAGUCAACCCCGCCGAUCUCGAAGACAUUGACCCAGAGGAGGGCGACCUCGAUGCGCUUAUGGGCCGCGGCCCCUCAAGAAACCGCUCUGUCAAGUUCGCCGACGGCCAAAACAAAGCCAGCACGAUCCAACCGCCUCUCGCACACGCCCCCUAUCUCGCCCGCGACCACUCCCCGCGGUGGAACAUCUUCCUCGCCGACGCCAAGCAGGGCAAGAUUGCCGUUCCACCAUUCACCUUUACGACCUUUGACAAGCCGCUCUUCGACGAAUCCGGCAAGCCCACGUACAAUGUCCAAACACUGAAGAUGCAGUUCCAGGCUCCGCCCCAGGUCGGAGACUUCCCCUUCGUCAUGCACAUGGUCUGCGAUAGCUACUUGGGGCUUGAUGCGAAGCUCGACAUCAACCUGCACAUCGAUGACCCGGCCAAGGCGGCUGCUCUGGAGGAAGAGGAUGAUAUCAGUGAGCCCGAUGAGGACUCAAUAGCCGGCCAAAUGCAAGCCCUCAAGACCGGCCAACCACCCAAGAAGGCCAAGAAGGCCGCAGUGUCCAGUGACGAGGAGAGCGAUACCGAAGGCGACGAGGGAGACACCAGCGAUACCAAUACCGAAACCGACGUUGACGACUAG